AUGGCUCUAAGCCCCGCAGCCACCGAUGGACACAGGCCUGCCCCAUUCUGCAGUUCUGGGAAGUGAGGCUGGUGGUCAACUGCAGCGGACUCCACACUGGGGAGGGCCCUGGCCACUCCCCAUCUGACUUGGUGAAAGAUGAGAAGAUGCCCAGAGCUACAAUCAUCGUGGUUACAUUUUACAUUUUUCUAGAGAAGAAAAACUUCAUGUUCGUGGCAACAUUCCUAACACAGCAGCGUACUCCGCCCACACGACGAGCUCUGGGCUGCAGCAAGCCGUCAGGUUUCUGCAGGGCAAUGUCACUGCAGCUUCUCAUGGAAACUGCCAGUGCUGUGUCAGCUGCCGCUUCAGUCCAUGCUGGCUGGCUCCGGACCGCGACUCCGGACACCACCACUGCGCUGAGUCAAGGCUUUGCCGUCUCUGAUCUGUCCAGGGCCUUUGUUUUCCAUCCUGGGAACCCCAUCAUUUUACUCCUGCCUGGUGGUGUAAUGCUCUUAGGGAAGAUGUCUCAAGUCUGUGAUGCCACAGUGGCUGUGGUUCCACUUGGGUUAUGUGGGGGAUCAGGGCCACUUCUGUUUGGUACUGCAGCCCACUGGUUCACCAAAAACACCACAAGUGGCGUGGCCCCUACAUAAUUACCAGCAAUUGCUCUGUCCACCUUCAUGCUGAAACAUCUGUAGGACUCCGCUGGGUUGUGGCUCAGCCAGCACUGGGUGUGUGCCUGGGCCACCUGGACCUCUUUUGAACUUGGACCCCUCGACAGUUUUGGCUGCUGGCACCAUGAAAUGGGGCAGAGGGCCCAUGGAGCCCAGAGAGGGGAGGGGACCUGCCCUUGAAUCUCCCUGUACACGGCCUGCCUCCUCCACCCAGGACCCUGUGGUCCCUGCAGGAGCUGGGGGACCCCUUCCCCAUGCCUCCCAGUCUGGGCCUGGGCAUGAUACGACUGCAAGUGGGCAAGCAGGACACACAGGACACUGGAGCUGGCAACAGCCCUGCCUCAUGCCUCUCGGCCUCCCAGGGCCACAAGGCCCCGGUACACUGAGGGUUACAGCUGGGGCCCCUCCCAGUCUCCGGAGCCACCGUCCCUUAGCAACCGCCCUGCCGGGAAGGACACACCAACAACUCUGGGCAAAGUGGGCAGAGCCAGCCAAACUGCUGUCUGGAGGACUCCAGGACCAACAAAGUCCAGGUGAGUGAGUGGGGGGGCACCAGCUCAUAGCCUGGCAGGCUGAAGAGUACGUACCCUCCGAGCUCUCUCCCUUCUAGCUGCCCAGACAGCCCAGAUCCAGCAUGGAUGCUGUGGAUGCCACCAUGGAGAAGCUCCGAGCACAGUGCCUAUCCCGAGGGGCCUCGAGCAUUCAGGGUCUGGCCAGGUUUUUCCGCCGCCUGGACCGGGACAGGAACCGGUCCCUGGAUGCAGGGGAGCUCCAGCGGGGCCUGGCUGAGCUGGGGCUGCAGCUGGAUACAGCCGAGGCAGAGGGUGUGUGCAAGCGCUGGGACCGCGAUGGCAGUGGGACAUUGGACCUGGGGGAGUUCCUGCGGGCACUACGGCCCCCCAUGUCCCAGGCUCGGGAGGCAGUCAUUGCAGCUGCGUUCGCCAAGUUGGAUCGCAGUGGGGACAGCGUGGUGACGGUAGACGACCUCCGGGGGCUGUACAGUGGCCGUGCCCACCCCAAGGUGCGGAGCGGCGAGUGGACCGAGGAGGACGUGCUCCGCCGCUUCCUGGACAACUUUGACUCCUCUGAGAAGGAUGGGCAGGUCACGCUGGAUGAGUUCCAGGACUACUACAGUGGCGUGAGCGCCUCUGUGGAAACAGACGAGGAGUUCGUGGCUAUGGUGACCAGCGCCUGGCGGCUGUGAACAGCACAUGCACUGCGCUGGCCCCACCCACCUGGGCCUGAGGAUAGGCAGCCCCAGGGUGGGGAGGUUUGAGGCUGCAGAACCAGCUGGACUUGGUUUCGGAAGGGCUCUGCCUGGCCACUGGGCCUAAGUGGGGCAGAGGUUCCAAGGAUGGGUCACUGGCUCAGGACCCUAGGGAGAAAGGCCGUCCCUGCCAAGGCCAGGCUGCCCCCAGGCCUCACCGAGCCGCUACUUCCCCUUGGGCCUCCUGUUCUUCUCUGUGACUCCUUGGGCCUACCCCCACCCUCGUGGGUCCCCUGGGAAGCCAGGCGGCCCCUGGGCGGGGAGCCAACGGCCUCCUGUGAAGUGAAGCUCUGCACAGAGGCGGCCAUUGGAGAGCAGCUGGGGUUUGGUCACCUGCCCAGGUGUGGCAUGCGGGUCAGGCAGAGGCCGUUCCGGGCCAGGCUGGCUGGCUUCCUAAGGCCCCUGGGGCAUGUGGAAGGCCAGGGUUUUAGUUAAAAGUUUUAAUGUAGUUCCCAAAUACAUUUCAUAUGACAAUCUUACAUA